UGUGCGCGGCGCAGGCGCGGGGAGCGAGCACGCGGAGGGCCGGGCAAGCAGCGCCAUGGCGGCGGCAGCCCCGCCGGUGGGGGCCGUUUGCUCCUUUUCCCCCCGCGAUUGCCGUUUCUUCGCCAUCUCCAGUUCGGAUGGGCGCCUCCGGGUGUGGGAGACGGCGAACAGUCGCUUGCAGCAUGAGUACGUGCCCUCCGCUCACCUCAGUGCUGCCUGUACUUGCUUGGCGUGGGCCCCGCCGGGGGGACGGCAGCCCCCCAAUAAGGUACAGGAUGGUCCACAGAGGAAAAAACGGAAGUCUGAAGAUGCAGAAGUGGACAGGCAAUUAGAUAUCCUGGCUGUUGGUACAGCAGUUGGUAGCAUUUUGUUGUACAGCACAGUAAAAGGAGAACUACAGAGCAAGCUAGAUGGUGGUCAUGACAAUAGAGUAAACUGUGUGAGAUGGCAUCAAGACACCUGCUGCUUGUAUAGCUGUUCAGAGGACAAACACAUUGUGGAAUGGAACACACAGACCUGCAAAGUAAAGUGCAAGUGGAAAGGCGACAAUAGCAGUGUCACCUCUUUAUGCAUCAGUCCAGAUGGGAAAAUGCUGCUGUCAGCUGGUAGAACUAUAAAACUGUGGGACCUGGAGACCAAAGAAGUCUACAGAAAUUUCACAGGCCAUGCUACAUCAGUGUCAUCAUUAACGUUUACCACAGUGAAACCUAUGAAUGAAAAUAAGCCCUUUGAUGGAAUUACAGGGCUUUAUUUCUUGUCUGGAGCCAUACAUGACCGAUUACUGAGUGUAUGGCAGGUCAGAUCAGAUAGGAAAGAAAAGAAUGCCGUGAUGUCUUUCACAGUAACAGAUGAACCAAUUUUUAUUGACCUGACUGUAUCAGAAGUCAAAGAAGAGCCUGUGAAGUUAGCAGUUGUUUGCCGAGACGGGCAGUUGCAUUUAUUUGAGCAUAUCUUAAAUGGUUAUUGCAAAAAACCCUUAACAUCAAACUGUACCAUCCAGAUAGCAACGCCUGGAAAUGAUGGGGACGCCACACCAAAACCAGUCCCUAUUCUGGCAGCUGCAUUUUGCUCAGACAAACAGUCUCUGCUGCUUGUGUAUGGAAACACCUUACAGCCCAUCAUAGAGAAAGUGUCUUUAAACACCACGGAAUCCCAUAUAUGUUUGAUAAGGGACAUCCAGAAAGUGUUGUCACUUAAAACAGAUGUUGCCCUAACAAAGGUAAAAACGCCUGUUAUGAACUCGGACACCAAAGUGCUAGUGCCUGGAAUUCCAGGACAUAGUACAGCUGUCAAAACUCCAGCCUCAGGAAAGGAGAAGAAGAAAAACAAGAGGAAACCAGGAGAGACAGGGGAAAGCAUUGAAGAGCGCUUAGAGUCAUUGGAUAUUGAUGUGAGCAAAGUCAAAACUCCAGGUGGCCUUCCACAGACAGAUAGCUUCGCGGUACUUUUGGUUCAGGGCUUGGAAAGCAACGAUGCAGAAAUCCUAAAUAGAGUGCUUAACACAAGAAAAGAUCAUGUAAUAAAGAACACAGUAUCCAGAAUGCCUAUACAUGCUGUCAUUCCCCUACUACACGAGCUUACAAAAAGAUUGCAAGGCAACCCAUACAGGUAAGAGACAACUCAGCUACAGUGUAAUUCACCUGAAACAUCUCUAAUGCGUGCAUUAUGCUCUUUCCCUCCACCUAUGUGACUGAUGUCCAUAGUAACUAA